AUGGCACAGCAGUUCAUAGGAAACAGCCAGUUAUUUCAGUACUUUCAAGACCUUAACGGUCAUAACAAAGUGAAACUCAGGGCACACUGUCUGGUGAAGUCACAGAAGGAAAAGAGAAAGAAAAUGUAUCACCAUCAUCUGUGGGAGAAAAGACCACUGAGAAGGUCACACUUCCAGGUGCUGUAAAUAUACUGACACGGGUGAUGCGCCUGGCUCAACGGCACCUUUUGGACCCAAUGGGGCGACAGCGGGUCGACAAAAAGAGUUCACAAACACAGGCAGCACCCAGACAGCAGAGUCCUGCAACUGGACGCUUCUGCGCGAGUCGGACUUCGGCUUCAUUAACACAAGCGCAGAUUCGAUCCAGGAGGCGAACGCAGCAGAGAGGCGUCACGAAUCAGCCAGUAGUGGAGGAGAGCAGUGACGAUGUUACUGUGGGAGAUGCAGAAGAUUGCGAAAAAACUGAAGGGUCAGAGCAAACUUUAAAGAGGUCAGGUACAGGACCUGUUUGCAAGGUGGUUCACGGUCGGAGCAAUCACAGCAGAGUCAAGUCUUUCCGUCUUCUUCGAAGCGUCAAGAGCCCAGUUAAGCAGGCCCCUCCCCCCUCUUCCUCCACUGUUCCCGCUUCAUCCUCCACUGUUCCCGCUUCAUCCUCCACUGUUCCCGCUUCAUCCUCCACUGUUCCCGCUUCAUCCUCCACUCUUCCAUCUACCCAUAGUCCACCUUCUACUCUUCAGCCCUCCAGUGUUCCUAAAAGUGGGGAGCAGAACGACUCGCCCAGGACAGCUCUCAUCAAGGAGUUGUCAUCCAGACAGCAGAACAGCUUCCCGUUCAGGAAGGCCAAAGAGUCUAAGCUGAUCUGACACUGAAGGAAGAAGAAAAGAUGUGAUGGAACAAGGGAGGAAUACAGUGCUUAAACCUUACUAUGUAGUUUGGUUUGGGAUCUGGAAUAGUUGGUAAAGGAUGUGUGAUUAAGUUGCACCUCAAACACGCCCAGAUCAUCUGAGGUCAAUCUGAUUUUAUAGUUUGUGCUGAGCUGUAUAGCCAAUCUCAGAUCAGCCGCAGUGUGAAACCUGCUAACUGUUUUAUGUAGUUUGAUUGUGUAACUGAAAUUUUAUUGUGUGCUUAUUUUCUGUCUACUGGUGCAAUGUAUUUCUUCUAGUUGAAUCAUAAAUGCUUAACACUGACAUUUUAUUCCCUUUAGCAGCUGACACUAAUAAAUUAUGAUAUUGUUUUUGAAA